CUGCACCAGCACUUAAGCACUGGCACCGCUUUGCUCGGGACGACAGCGCACUUUGACCCAGAGGAUUUCCUGUGCCUCCUCAGCAACUUGGAGCUUGGGCGCACUGAAGUCGGCAGACAAAGAUCCUCGCAGUUUUUAAGCUCUUUAGAAAAGGAAGACACUUCUGCACAAUUCUGAUAAAUUGAUCUCAAGCUUUUGUACAAUGAUGGAGGAAGUUAAGAAUACGCCUUCUGAUCUGAGUGUUCUCGAUCAUAGCAUCAAGGUUACAGAGGUGCUGCAAGACGGGGACAUGCUUACCUUCAUCAUUGUAUCUCAAAAGUUGUCUGGAACUGGGGAGUACCAUGUGGAUCGGACCUAUGACGACUUUGAUUGGCUACAGCAACACCUGUUCUCUCAGGAAGAAGUGCCCGGGAUACAAGGAGUCAUAUUCCCUCCUCUGCCUGCCAGGGCGCAGGUGAGCACAUCUCCCAAAGUCAUGAAGCAGCUCGGUCUCCUUGGUUUAGGAGAGUGGCAGCCGUACUGCAAAGCCUUGGAAAUGUUCCUCAAGCAAGUUGCUGCACACCGCAUACUCAGCAAAAACAAAGCCGUGGAGAUCUUCCUGACUAACGCAGACCCUCCAGGUAGACAGAGAGUGAAGAAAAAUAUUUUCAAUCGAUUGAGUCAAGCUGUGGAAGGGAUGAGAAAAGAAGGCCACAAGGAUGUGGAUGAGUUCUUUCAAACUGAACGGGGUCAUAACCUCCUGCUGACGGGAUACACCAAGAUGGCAGCUGAGAAAUUCCUGGAUGUGGUGCUAACCGAGCAAAAAAUUGCAGUGGCCUGCGGGCACUUCGCGGCUGCUUUACACCUCUGUGUGGAAGCAGAGGAGGAUCCUGAAAAACAGGCCUUCUCAAGGGUUUGUGUGAAACUAUCAGAAGUCUUUGAUUCUAUUAAGAAAAGUACGGUGAGUACUGCUGUGAACGACAUGAGCACUCUUGGACUGGGGCUGGACCUGGAGUCUCGCUACCAGGAGGCAGAAAAGGAAAUGCUGUUCAGGAGAACCUGUAAACUGGUGGAGUUGGAGAAUGCCGGGAAAAAUGCAGAGAAGGCCAAACCUGUGCGGAAGACUGCUAUGGAAGAGGUGAAGAAAGCAGCAGAGUCCGAGUAUCAGCACAUUUGUGGCGUUGCUAAACAAGAGAUUGCCCAGUUCAAACAGUCACGUGUGGAAAUGUUGCAGGAGGCUCUUGUCCAGUGGUGUGAAACACAACUUCUUACGGCCAAAGAAGGCGUAGACGUGUUUAACCAGCAUCUGCAAGCUUUUAAACAGAUGGCCUAGUCACCUCCAAAGUAUCUAGUCUGAUGCUUUAUUUGAUUCAGUUAAACUGAAUGUAAAUAAAUAAGCAUAAACAAAAGAGAAAGGGAGCCCUUCCUGGGAAUAAAAUACAUUCAAUCUAAAACCAGGGCAGAAAUGAUUGUUUUGAGAUUUUACAGUAGCUAUGAGCUUUUGCUUCUGCUGAGGAAAGCCGUUGUGCGUGCGUGUGUGGGUGACUGUACCGUAUGUUUGUUUUUUUUUUUUUACUACACUGCUACAAUGUGCUGAGGUUGUCUUGUGCUGCUUCUUUAUCGUCACUACAUCAUCUGGGGUCACACAAAAUAAAGUAUGAUGAAUUGAUUCCCAAAGUA